CUGUUCGCACUUCUCACGACUGUCGCUUCCCUACCGGGGCUGUUCGCCAACCUGCUCAACAUCAAGACCUUCAUCACCAUGGGCCUCGAGGAUGGGAUCACCGUGUCCUUCCUGGUGCUCUCCCUCUCAGACCUCGGGUACCUCGCGGCUCAGCUGUGCGGCGGCGUCGCUUCCGGGUUUAACGUCCUUGAACUGUGGUUCAAUUUUACCGUGUGGUUUCCCGUUCAGCCGUUCGCGGUGGCCGUGUACUGCCCCAACAUAGCAUACGUUGUGUACGCCAUGACCGUGCUGACGACGACGUACCUCGCCGUCGUGCGAUGCAUGUGCGUGGCCAGGCCACUUCAUUUCAAAAACACGUUCACGAGAGCGAGGACGGUCUGGACAUUGGUUGUCUUUGCAUUGGUCUCAGUCGGAAGCUACAUCCCCCUGUUGCUGAACAUGGGUAUCGCCGAGCAGUUCGAUGAUGAUGUCGGCGCCGUCCGUCCCACGCUUUGGUUUUCUGCAAUCCGACCUUUUGUCAAGGGCUUGACUUGGGCAGCCAGAGACACUGUCCUGGCCAUCCUCUCACAAACCGUUAUUCCGAUCUGCGUCUUCGUCAUGACGCGUUGCCUUAGACAGGCUUCGAACUUCCGAAAGAGCGCAUCAGGGACCAAUGCUCAAAAUUCAGUGGGGGGUCAUUUAAGAACGGAAGGGGCUUAAAAGGAGAUAAAAAANAGAGCCUAAUAAGGAGAUAAAAAAAGAUCCUGGAAAAAUUUUUACGGGCAAAGAGUUAUUGGUCGUGCAACAAGUGCUGCUGGUGUCGACGCUCUACGUCGUGUGCAACACACCCAAGGUUGUCGUGAUCCUCGCAGGGUUUCUCCAGCCCGAGUUUUCCCUUGGUAAGAGAUACAACAACAUCUAUGUCGCAAUGAUAAGUCUUCGCGACCUGUUUGAGCAAGUCAACUCUUCCGUGAACAUUCUCAUUUAUUACAAGUAUAACCGGAAGUUUAGAAGCUGCUGUAAGAUAGGACCCCUAAAGUCCUUCGGGGACAAUUCUAACUAA